GGCGACAGGCGUUUGGCAAAGGCGUGCGUGCGUGUUUGUUGUGUUCAAGCUUUUAUAACUGUUGUAUAUAUAUAUAUAUGUGUGUAUAUGUGUGCGUUUUGAGUCUCUACUGGUUAUGCUAUUUAUAAGCGCUCAUACGUAUACCAGACGGGCAUGAAAAAUAAAUUUAAGUUAUUGAAAAACAACAACUUUGCCGAAAAGCAGCGGAUAAUGCGGGCGCCGCGUCAAUUGUGAUUUGUGCGCACUCACGUAAAGAACAGCAGAAAUUUAGACGAAUUUCGGAACGGAAUAGUUUAAGUGAAAAUUUUGUGCUUUCGCAAAUAUUACAACAAAAAAGUGGCCGCGGUGUGCUGCGCCUGAAAAUCGCCCUUACUUUUGCCUGUGUAUAUUUAUUUUAUUGGCUUCCGCGUUGCAAAAAGAAACGCACUUGAGAAAUGCGUUUGGCAGGACUCGUCGUUAGUCGCCCGUCGUUGUCGUCGUGCACGUCGUAGCAAUAAAAUCGAUAUUUCCUUGCUGUAUCUUACGGCGAAAGGUGCGCAGCAGCAGCGACGACGUUAGCUGCAGACGCAGCGCCGACAGCGCAGCGCUAACGCUGCACCGCUCGUACACAAAUAACAACAAUUAAACGUAUAACGGUACAAAUGCCAGCUACCAAUUGAAAUUGCAAGCAAGCGACAAACGGCGGCGCCAACAGCGCGCUGCCAGCGCUAACCCUUGCACCCACAUUGGCGCUGUAGCUUGUGCUGCCAGCGUACACAACUGUGUAUAUGCAACGACUACGACUACGACGACGACGACUAGAAAUAUGUCUGCCACAAUGGCGAUAGCAAUGGCGUUGCCGAAGACGAUGUCGUUCUUGACUGCGCAUUCGUUAUUGGCGUAUCCGUGUCUCGUUGAUUCGUGCCGCUCGGCUAUAAACACAAUCACAACCAAUACUAGCAACAGCGCAACAACAACUACAAGUAAUAAUACUACAGCUACUACUACUAUGCUGCCAUACAGUACAUGCGCGCCGUUGUUAUUGUUGUUUUUAUUAUUGUUGCCACCGUCUGCAGUCAUAGCAUAUGCCGUAAAAAAUAUAAACGUGACUCGUACGACAUUGAUGUUGGCGAUGACGACGACGACGUUAGCGGCAGCGGCGUUCUAAAUGCAGCUGCAUGUGUAUAUGAAGUCAUAUAGGCAGCGAGCCAGUCAGCGGACGGCGGAAAGUGUGUGCGCGUUGCAAAAAAAAAAACAUAUAAAGAAAUAAACUAAAUUGUCUGUGGUUCGGCAAGCAGCAUUCGGCGCUGCUAAUUUGACAAAAAAUAAACGCCGCGCUUGGCUGAAGAACGCAACGCGUUAGCGCCUUGUACGCGCCGCAGCAGUCAACAUAUUCGUACAAACACUGAGUUGGUAUUGUGUUAAAAAUAAUAAUGAUAAAGUUUGUUAGGCAAAAGAGUCGCGAGCAUUCAGUUAAAGCAUCAAAAAGUUUUUUUAAGAAAAAGGGCGAGUCGAAUGAUUCCGGUACCGAAUCUGAUGGUGACGUCCUAGAUGUUGACAAGCAUCGCCCUUUAGACUUGGACAUGGAAACCAGCUUAAGCUCCUGCGCCGAUGUGAAUUCGCCAACAACAGACACCGCCUGCUCUUCGUCAGCGUCUUCUGCGAUGAUGUGUCAAUCCCACCUUUUAUACGAUCAACACAGCUCCGAAGAGGAACUGGAAGUGAUCAAUGGCCCAUCAUCGGUAGCAGCCGCCGAAGCGGCAUCCAAUGUAUUGGUGGUGCGUGGCACCACCUCAUCACUCAUAUCGGAGCGUGGCUCGUCGUCGUUGGAGCCCGAAGAGCUAUUCGGCGAAGCAUCGACAUCGAAACGUUCCAGCUCAACUUUGGUUGAGAAUCGCAAACGAUCUCUGGCGCAUAGCUCCGAUGAUGACCAGCUGAGAAACUUCUUGGAACCAGUAUUGACACCAGUGAAUUUUCGCACAUCACCACCAUUGGAAGCUUUCAAGCCAAACCGCAGCCACAAAUAUCGCUCCACAACGCCACUGAUACUAUCGGAGGCGCGUUGCGGCAUCGAAAAUAUUAAAUUAUGUGAUAAUAGUGUUAAUGACGAAAAUGGUGAGGCUGCUGCUGGCGGCGCGUCGUCAUGUGCCGCAACAGCGGCGUCGGGUGCGUCUAGCGGCAAUGCCGCACAGGCCGGCGGUGCAUGCGCUGGCGGCGGCGGCAACGGCACUGGCGACAACAGUUCAACGAGUGUGAUUAAGGUGUGCGCCUCAUCGCUUAAGAUGAGCAAUAGCAGCCAUCAUAUCUAUCAGCCGCAACCCAAAUAUAAUUUCCACUAUAAUAGUUCGCGCAGUAGUCCCGCAUCGACGACCGGUCUCGAUGCGAUGGAGGUGCGCUCGGUUAGUCCACCGGCGAAACUCUUCCAUUCGGCUAGAUCACCACACCGCCGACCGAUACGCACACAGCACGCCACACAGAGGCUACAGCGACCACAUCGGCCGUGUUUAGAUUUUGAUAAAAUGCAGCAAGUAAGUCUCUAAUGCAGCGCCAAAUCAAAGACUUUUUACUUCUCACUAAUUACAAGUAAAUGUACCUAAAAGCUCGCAUUACCCAUAACGAAAACAUGAAAUUAAAGAAAACGAAGCAAACACACGAUUGCAAGCAUGAUGAUUACAAGAGAGAGAAAGAGAUUGAGUGAGGCAGGAAGUGAGCGGAGUGGGAAAGAGAGAUGUUGCAGAUUUAUCAAUGAAAGUGAAAAUGCAAAUGAAUUCGAUAAAAUUAUGUUUAUGGCGGUUUUGAUGGUAAAUAUGUAUGUAGGUUUUGUACAGCAACAACAAAAAUAUAAAAAAUAUAUACCGCUAAAUAAUUUUAUGUUAAUGAAAGUACCAAAAAAGAAAAAAUUAAAGCGAAAAUAUGAGCGCUAAAAGUCAGUAACAAUGAAAGCUUAGUUGUGGCCCUGUGAAAGCGCGCAGUUUUUAAAAGCUUAAGAAAAGCACAAUAAAUGACAGCGAAAAAAGCAACUGAAAGCAAGCCCCACAAAGCAAAAAACGAAAAUAAUAACCAAAUUACAACAGCAACAAUAGCCCGAACUAUGCAAAUCCCCAUAAUUUACCGUAAAGAACAGACUUUUAGAAACAUAAAAUCAAAACCAACAACACUACACGCAAACACUUUACAUAAAUGUAUGUGAAAAUGUAAUUUGUAAGUUCGAGAAUUUGUGGUCCCAGUUCUUCUUUGUUUAUAUAGUAUAUAUAUUUUUGUUUCGAAACGUUAUGUAAAAGCUUUAAGUCUGAAGUCUGUUAAGUAACAUCACUCGAUUUUAUGUAAAAAUAUGAUCUCGAUACUUUUUAGUAACAGGGUUGCCAAAUUGCGUUAAUGUUUAUACUAAUUGUCAAAUUUUGGGUGUAAAUUUUGUUGAAAAGCUGAAUUCGGUGUUUAACUAAUCUAUAUAUAGGAUAGGCAAUUCGUAAUUCGACCGCGGAAAAGUCUAAAAUCAUAAAAAAUAAAAUACUAACAGAGUUCCAAUCUCAGCAUCCUGAGAUAUUGUUGAAAAACACUUCAUAAAAAUGCUAAAAGUUUUUUGAAACCAGCUUUGAAGCUUGUGAAACGAGUCAGUAAUGACAGAUCGAUCGUAAAUCCUCAAUAUUAGACCCAAAAUUUGGAACGUUAGGGUUUAACCAAACUCUUUAAAGAAAAUUCCAAAAACGAUAUAAAUUUUUAAACUCAAGACAAAAGUUAUGCACUUUAGGUGGAUUUAUCAAGCAAAGGUCAAAACCUAGAGCUCGUGGCAAAGAUUUUUGUCUGUAGAGUUAUUGGAAGAAAGAAUAGUAUGUAUAUUAUAUACAGGUCAUGAACUCUUCCUUAUAAAUCCUCUAAAUCUAUUGGCCUCUCUACAUCUCCCCAUGCUUCUGAUGAAGUUGUACAUCCUCCGAGACGUUGUCAAGAAACUCUCGAACUAUUGCGAUUAUUUUCCUAUAUAGAGGCUUACAUUCGCAUAGAGGGCAUUUUAUAGUAUCCUUCUCUUCUACCUCCUGACAGCUUCUACAGUAGUCCUGCUAUGACAUCCCUAAUCUAUUGGCUGCCUAUUAGACAGUAACCUGUUAGCACUCUGCAAGUAGUCAGAGACAUAAAAAUUUCCGCUUUACGGGAAUCUAAUUGUAGUAUAGUGCCUAUCCUGAUCCGUUCAUCUGAUUCAAUGUUCCACGGGAUAUCACUAUGUGCUGGAGCCCAUUUCAAGUUCUUCUUACCAUAUAUACUUUUAUGUAUUUAAAUUAGAAUACUUUGGAAGAACUUCUGAAUGAAAUCCAAUGAUUACUAAAUUUUUAAAAUGUCGGAGGAAAUAAUGAACGAAAAAUUAAUAUCACUUAAAAUGAUGCAUAAAGGAGAGAUUUUUGAAUACUGUAGUAGAAAACCUCUUGAUAGACUUUUCUUUUUAUAUGUUCAGCGAGGCGGAAGAUGAGUAUAGAAAAUAGCAUCUUUAGCUCAACACUCAAUUUUGUAGGCGUUACUAUUGAUAGAAAGGUUUCAGAGAGACAUAUCAGCAAGCGACUUAGAAGGCAGGUCCUAAGCUUAAAUUUUAUGUAGAGAGGCGUGAAAAAUCGUUACAAUUGUGCAGUUGCCCAUACUAACUGCAAAACUAAAACAAAAAAACCAAAUUGUAAUAUAUACCCAGAUAUCUUAUAUGGGUACUACUUAGGCAUUGUAUUAGGCAUCCGCGAUUCGUCAGCGGUUACAUGGAUACCACAUAAAAGUGCUGUUACUGUUUGAUAUUUUAUUUGCAACAUUUUAUGGCAGUUACAUGCAGGUUCGAUACGCUACUCUCUAAUGUUUGGCGAAUCGAUGACAGCUUUAGUAGCAGAAUAUAGGCAGCUCUUGAAAGCAAGCGGCAAAAGAUUACGCGCUAAAUUAAUAAACAGAAGAAAAAAACAAGAGUUGGCUUAGUAUUUCCAACGCAUGGACCGAACGUUUGACAGCUCAAACGUUAGCAGCGCCCUUAAAUUGCUUCAGCAUAUUUGCAAUAAGUUCGGCACAAUCGCUUAGAAGAAUUAUAACAGUUUGAAAUUUUAGCUUUUGGCAACCUUGUUUGCGAUUUUUAAGAUUUCUUAAGCAAAUUAAAGGCAUUUUUGAAUGAAGAAAUUACAUUUUUUUCUUGGACUUAAAGAAAAGACAGUUGUUUUUGUGAAAUUAUAGCAUUUUAAAAUUUUGAUCUCGUUUAUAUUUAUAGGCUAUAAAAUAAGUUUUUACUGUUUUUCAAUGUUGUAAACCCUAAGUAAAGGCCGCAAAUGCAUUAAGUUCAGGAGAAAUUGUUGUAGAAAAGCAUUUUGUUCGCAUAAUUUAGUAAUUCCGAAGGCAGACAAACGAAAAACGAACAAUAAAUUUGUUAAAGAGCAAAAAACGACAGCACAACAACAAUAAACAACUCAUAACUAAUAACUUUACAACAAAAACAAAAGCAAAAACAAGAGACAGCGAAAACAAUAAACCUAAAACUUAACAGAGGAAACCGAAAAACAACAACGCAUAAAUUUAAAAAAGCAUAAACAAAAACAACAACAAAAACAAAUAAGCAGGCAAAACAGAACAUUGAAUAGAAAGGAGCAGUGCGCAUGCGCACACACGCUGCAUAUUAAAAUCAAAUCAAAUACAACAACUAAUGUAUAUUAAAAGCAAAAACAACAAAAAUAAAUAUAAUAACUACAACAACAAUAAAAAAAAACAUUAUACAUACAUACAUAGAAACAAUAAAAAUUUUGAAAUACAUUUUUGUAAUAGGUGAGAUAAAGUAUACAUAUGAAGAGGAGUAAAAAGAAGAAGAAGAGAAGCAGGAGAAGCUGGAAGCGGAGCACAAAGAGACGACGCAACAAGUAUUGGCGCAAGCGAGAGAGCAAGGAUCAAGCCAGCGCGUGCAAUUAUAAAGAAAAGGAAGAGCAACUGGAGCUGUAGGUGUGGGCACGAGGAGGAGAGAAAGAGCGCGAGAGAGAAUGAAAGACACAAUACAAGUUGGAGAGGCCCCGGUAAAAUGGUUUAAAAUAAAAAAUAUAUACAUACAUACAUACAAACAAAUAGAAGCAGAAGCGUACAUAUUUUUUCACCAUUUUAAAUUACAACAAAAAAAGCUACAACAACAAAAACAAUAUAUUGAGCAAACAAUAUUAAUUAUAAAUUAAGCAAAUUGAUGUAAAAACAGUGUGAAGACAGAAUUGGUAACAGGUAAUAAUUAAUUAAGCAGCAGAUAAAAUGGAGGAAAGUAAAAAUUCAAACAUAAAUAAAGCGGAAAUAGAAAGAAAGCAAACAAAAAAAAAACAAAAAAUAAGAGAAACAGUUAAUUAAAGGGGCGAGGGAGCGCAUUAAACAAUUAAGGCAGAAGGGGACACUUUAUAUUAGCAUAAAAGUAAAAAAGACAAAAAUAUAAAAACAACAAAAAAAACAAAAACAAUUUGUAAAUAUUGUAUUUGUGCUGUAAAAAAACUUAAUAGCGAUAAAAAUAGCAUACCGAAAAAUAUGCAAAAAUCGGAAGAAAACAACAAGCAAAACUAAAAGUAAGCAGUAAAAAACUAGAAAAAAUAAAAAUAAACACACAUACAAACAAACAAACAACUCAAGCUAAAAAAAUAACUGACGCAAAUAAUAAAUAAAACAAGAAAAAAAUACUUACAAAAAAAAUUUCAAAAUAAAAAUAAAAAAUACUACAACAAAAACUGCAGUUACAUAUACAGAAACAAAAAACCCUAAAACAACAAUAACAAUUUAGCAACAAAAACUCAAUGUAUUUUAAUAAAUGGCAUACAAAGCAUGAAUGGCAAUUGUCUUACAACGUCUCAUAGCGCAGUAAUAUGUAUGUAAAAUGAGUCAAAGCGGGAGAGAACAAGAGCGAAAAGCAAAAGUAAAAAACAAAAACAAAAAGCAAAGCAAACGAAAGCAGCGAAAUAAAUUAAAAAUAUUUAUAAAAACCAUAAAAGCAAACAGGUGAGCAAAAAAUAAUAAAAUAAUUCAUAGAAAAACAACAAUAAACAAAAAAUACAAAAAAAAAAUAAAAACAACAAUAAAGAAGCCCACAAGGACUUUGUACAAUUUUUUACAGUAAAUAACGCAGUAAACGAACCUAAGCAAAUUGCAGCCAGAAAUAGACUAGCAUCUCAAGACAGCGAAAACAGCCCACAUAAAAGUAAAAAUCACACAUACAUACACACACACGCAAUCAUAUAGGCAAACUGAUAUAGACCAACUACAAAUACAGAAAAUAAUUUUUUUCCAACAACAAAAGUCGCGAAAAAUAGCAUUAAAACUAUAUAUGAACAGCAAAAAAUCCUAUUAGUUUAGUAAAUAUGCAGGCAUUUAACAAUAACAAAAGUAAAAACUUAGCAGCAAACCAAAAAAAAUUCCAAAAUAUUAUACUGAAAACGCAAACCUAAUACUUAGCAUACAGUGAAACAGGUGAAUGCAACUCUGUUGUGCUAAUUAGCGCUAAUUAAAAUAAAUUAAACUAAAAUACUAAUUUUUUUGUUAUAAAAUCUAACAGUUAUCGAUAUCGUUUACGAAAAAGAUCAAUUAUCGAAAUCGAUAUUUUUUACGAAAAAGAUCAAUUAUCGAAAUCGAUAUUGUUUACGGAAAAGAUCAAUCAAAGAUAUAUUUCGAUUACAACACCAACAUUUUUAAUUUUCCUUUUUAAUGAAUUUAUUGUUUACAAAAUCGAUCAGUUAUCGAAACUAUUUCUUUACAAAAAUUACCAAUUAUCGAUAUCGAUAUACAAAAACAAUCAAUUAUCGAUAUUUAACCGAUGAAAACUUUUACAAAGCAUUGAAAAAUGAUUUUUUCCUUACCAGCGGAUGUAAUCGAUAUACGAGUAACAAAAUUUUUGCGCUUAAAAAUAUCAUCAAUAAUUUUAAAUUAAUAAGUUGAGAGUUCCAUUAUUAGGGGAUAUAAAACCACAAAACUUCAUUUUUGAAUUUUUUUAAAUUAUUAAAUAUCAAUAAUCUUAUUCUUCGAAAUUGAUAAUUUGUAACCCAUAUUUUUUCCACUGUCGUAAGAGUAACAAAAAUACUAUAUCGAUAAAAAAAAGGAUAAUGUACAUUUCGAUAGCAAUAAUUUAAAAUCGAUAUACAUUUUUUUAUCAUCUUGAGAAUUCAAUGAAAUAAAUAAUCGGUUUCUAAUGUCUAAAUGAUUGAAUAUCGAUAAUUCUACCUUUUUAAUAACUCAUAAUUCGUACUAAUGUCAUACGAAUGAAAAAAUUUGGUAUAUCGAUAAAAACCGAUAUCAAUAAUUUGUAAAUCAAAUUUCUUGCUAUUGUAGUAUGAAUUAAAAAUUUUAUCCAUCGAUAAAAAAGGAUAAUUUAUCGAUAUCGUUCGAUAAUUCUACCUUUCGCUAUCAGUAGUACAUAAUUCGUAAUUUUUACUAUUGUCUAUAUAUUUGAAUAUCGAUAAUCCUACUUUUCGCUUUCAAUAAUUAAUAUUUCUUACGAAUGUCGAAUAAUUAAAAAAUUUGUGGUUGGUAUAUCGAUAAAACCGAUAAUUUAUCGAUAUCUUUCGAAAUAAAUAAUCUGUAAACCAUAUUUCUUACUAAAGUCGAAUGAAUUAAAAAAAUUCGUCCUUCGAAAAUAAACCGACAAUUUAUCGAUAUCGAUAACAAUUUUUAUUGAUAUUUUUUCAAAUCAUCGCCGAAUUAAAAUAAAGUUUAGACCAAAGUAGUUUGCCUUUCUCAAGAAAUAAAAUAAAAAAAGUGUUCUAAUUAGAGUAACAGAGUUGUAUUUACUACAAAUGUGCUCCUACUAAAAUUUUUAACCGAAAUUAUCAAUGUCCUAUGAAAAAAAUAAAAGUAAAAUAGCAAUCAGUUACUUACAAAAUAAAAAAUAAAUAAAUUUAAUACACUGGAUAAUCGUUUACUCUUUAAGAUUUGAAUUGCUCGAACAAUAAACCAAAUUAUGUAUGUAUGUACUUAUAUUAAAUUAAGUAACUCUGAAAAUUAAAAAAAGAACAGCAUAAGCAAGUCUGGAAAGAUAUAGAAAUCAUUGUAUCAAACAAUAUAAAUUCAUGUUUUACAGCAACGAAUAACUGUUUGCAACUCAAAAAUACUAAGCUACAAAUAAAUAGAUUUUGGCGAGCAUUUUGUAAGUUGAAGAUUAGAAAUUUAAAAUUUAAUAAUUAUAUUUUUCAUAUCGAAAACUUUUAAUUACUUAAAAGCCAAAACGACAAUUUAAUUUUUUUUUAUAAAUUUUGCUUUUCGAUUAUUAUUGUAUUAAAUAUUGAUUCUUCCAAAGUUAUUACGGCAUUGUAGUUUGAUUUGCCACGCCCUCUUUCACGUUUUACUUGCAAAGCAUAAGAAUAGUAAUAGUCUAACGGCGUCAAAUCACACGACAGACCAAUUGACUGGAUCAUUUCGUGAGAUAACAAGCUCACCAAACUUGCUUUUCAAUACAUCGAUUGUGACAUUCGAUGUGUGGCUUGUGGUGUUGGCGUUGGAACCACAUAUUUUCCAAGUCCAUAUCAUCCAAUUCGGGCUAAAAACAUUCGGUUAUCAUUGAGCGGUAGCGAUCCACAUUCACAGUAACGUACCGGUCUUGAUCAUCACGGAAGAAGUACGGCCCAAUGUCGCUGCAGGCCAAUAAACGGUACCGAACCGUAAUUUUUUCGGAAUGCAUUGGCGACUCAUGGAGUACAUGUGAAUUGACCAAUGUAACGCAUAUUCUGCUUCUUGACGAAGCUAUUCAGCCAGAAAUGAGCCUCACCGCUAAAGAUGAUUUUUCGAUGAAUAUUCAAAUCAUUUUCAGAUUGUUGCUCAGUACAAUUCACGAACAUACGACGAUUCUGGUGGUCAAGCAGCUUCAGUUCUGGCGGCGAUUUGAUCAUAUAAGGCUGUAGACCAAGAUCUUUUUGCAAAAUUCCCCGCACCGACAUCACAGAGAUGCCCAACGCUUGAGCUUUCGCUCAAAGUUUAAGUAUUCGAGAAGCCUAUAUUUUGGUCACCGGCAAUUUUUGUAUCGAGUUUUUUCAGAAAAAAAUAUUUCUGUUAUUUAUAUAAAUUAUUUCAAGGACGCUCUUUGCAGCGAAGAGACUUUCUAUGCCUAAAUUCUGUGCCGAAAAAGUGUAUUUUAAUCACGUGAUCGUACAUUUCAAAUAAAUUGUGCAAUGCUCUCUGUUUUUACUGUAAUUUUUAUUAUCAUUUUUUUUAAAUAAAUUAAUUGAAAAAAAAAAAAUUUUUAACCAAUAAAUUGUGUAACUAGCAAUAAAAAAUGUGUCAAUGUUCAAAAAAAUAAAUAUUUAUUAUGUUUUAUAACUGUUUAUGCAACAAAAAAGCAGCAGAAAAUCAAUAAUUUCAUAUAAAACAAAAAUAUAUGUAUGCAAGCGUCUAUUUAUGUAAAAAAAAUAAUUUCGAAAAAAUGGAAAAAAUAAAUAUGAUAUGAUAUGAUCACUGAUUUAUUACAACAUUGCUGGAAUAUAGCAAAAUAAAACGCUAAAUUAUUAUGUUUACGAAUAUUAAGACAAAAAGAAUUUACAACUACCGCUACUAAUACAUACAAAGCUCAACCACCCCACCCCGUAACCCGCUUAAAAAAAAUAAAAAUAAAUUUUAAAUGGUAAAAAUUACAACAACAAACAUACACCUUAACCAAGAAAUGCAUCUGAAUUUAUACAAACAUACAUACACAUACAUACAUACAAACAACGUAUCAACAGAGGUAAAAAAAAAAAACAAAAACAAAUGAAGCGAGCCCCAAAACUGUGGAAAAAUAUAAAUUUAUGCAAGAAAACAGCAAAUUUUACGGUAACAGCGAAAAGUAAGCGUACAUACACACACAUACGUAUGUACAUAUGUAAAAUAUGUACGAGUAUGUAUGUAUGCGCACAGCCGUAAGUGGUCAUCGGUGUACAGCGACGACAGUGACGCACGAAGGUCAGCAGACAUGUUGAUUCAUGAAAUAAAUUUAAAAAAAUUACAAAAUAAAUAAAAAAAAAAACAUAAAAAUACUAAAAAAUAUGCAAAUUCAUGUAUAUAUAUACAUACAUACAAACAUAGAGACGACGUGCGCGUGACCAGCGUGUGAGAGAAUUUUUAAUUUACUUAGGUAUUUGAACAUUGAAUAUCAUUGACUGAGAAAAUACGUAUAGUUCGUAAGCAUAACAAGUACUUAUACAUACAUAGAAAAAACAAAAACAAAAACAUUAUUAUUAUGACUAUAAGUAUAUAUAUAUAAAUAUGUAUGAAGCAACACAAAUUUCAAUAAAGUCAAGAUACAAAGCAAAAACAAAAACAAAGGCAUAAAAUAACUUCAUAACCAAAAGUAAAUGCUGAAAACGGUAAAAAAUACAACAAAAACAAAUAAUUAAAUGGGAGCGUGGAAAAUGAAGAAAAUUAAACAAAAACAAUUUGCAUAAGUGUAAAAUCGUAAAUUAUUCAUAAGACAAAAUGUAAGAGAGAACUGCAGUAAAAACCAAUUUACGAACGUAGGCAGAUAAGUAAUGAAUAAUGUAAACACAAACGAAACACAUUCUCAUCUAAAUAUUGUACAUAUAAAUAAGUACAAGUGCAAGAAGAUUAAAUAAAACAAAAUAAAUGAAAGUAAAUAAAGACAAAAUUAAAGGAUGCUCUGCAAUAGCAAUAA